AUGUCAUUGUUAAGAGUUUUAAUAUCAACUCAACAACAACAACCAUUCUAUUGUCAAGCACCAUUGGCUACUCCAUCUGAGGAUACUCAAGGAAUGACAUUAAAGUUUGUUCAAAUUUUAAUUCGUCAUGGUGAUCGUACACCAUUAUAUCGUCCACCAACUGGUCAAUUCGCAACUUGGAACUGUUCGUUGGCAACCUUUAUGAAUCCAUCACACAACGAUGUUGAAGCUAUUCCACCAGCUUCACGUCAAUUCCGUAAGGUCUAUCUCCCAGGUCGUAACUUUUUCCCAGGUAACUGCUCACUUGGUCAACUUACAGAUCUUGGUUUCGCACAACACUCUCAACUCGGAACCACAUUCCGUCAACUCUACGUACAAAAGUAUGGAUUGCUUUCUGAGCAUUUGAAUCUCUCUGAGGUCUGGGUGCGUUCCACCGACGUCUAUCGUACUGUGCAAUCGGCACAAUCCGAGCUUACUGCUCUCUACCCACCACCACCCAACGCAGCAUCGAUGAUCGAUGUCAUUGACAUCCACACCAUGGAUGACUAUCACGAGAAUAUGUCGCCAAACACCGUGCUCUGUCCAGCACUCAACACCCUCUACAACAAUUUGACAUCGCUCCCAGUCUACCAGCAGUUCAUCCAACAGAAUGCCCAACUUCAACAGACCAUCAUGAGCACUCUUGGUGAACCCAAUUUCCCAGGAUGGAGUUCCUUCAUGGACUACUUCUUUGCAUUGCAAUGUCACGGAUUCCCACUUCCAGAUGGUAUCACCGAUGAUCUCGUUCAACAAGUCUAUGAAGCAUCGUUCUUCACAGAAAGUUACCCAUUCGGUUCAGAGAGUUACUCUAGACUUGCCAUGUCAUCGUUCCUCCAAGAGGUUGUUCAAAACAUUGAGAAUUUCCUCUCUGGUGCUUCACCAUUGAAAUACGUUUUGUUCUCUGGUCACGACGAUUCAGUUGGUCCAUUCGUUAAUCUUUUUGGUCUAUACAAGAUUUGGCCAGCAUAUGCCAGUCAUGUUGAAAUGGAAAUCUGGCAAGACAACACUGGAGAUUACUAUUUGCAAUUCAAAUACAAUGGUGAAUCUUACACACUCCCAACUUGUAAUGGUGUUAUGUGUCCAAUUCAAACAUUCUUAGAUCUAUCUUAUUCUCUAAUGGUUCCAGAUUAUAUUGACGAUGAAGUCAUCAACGAAUCCCGUCCAACCGAUGGUAAACUAAGAGUAUAA